AUGCGCGGCGAAAUCUGUCAUCUUCACAUCGGCCAGGCUGGCACACAGUUGGGGAAUGCGGCCUGGGAGCUCUAUCUACUCGAACACGGCCUCAAGGCCGAUGGCCAUAUCGAUCCCGAUAUAGACACCGACACUCACCAGAACGGCUCUUACGAAACAGUUUUCACCGAGACCGGCAACGGCAAAUACGUCCCUCGCUCCAUCUUUGCCGACCUUGACCCUUCGACCAUCGACGAGAUACGCACUGGUGCCUACCGCCAUCUGUUCCAUCCCGAUCAGCUGAUAAGCGGGCAGGAGGAUGCCGCCAAUAACUAUGCCCGUGGUCACUAUACUGUCGGCAAGGCGCUUGUUGAGAGCGUUAUUGACCGCAUCCGUCGUGUCGCCGAUAACUGCUCUUCUCUUCAGGGCUUCUUGAUAUUCCACUCCCUCGGCGGAGGGACCGGCUCUGGCUUCGGCUCACUCUUGCUUGAGCAUCUUUUCGCAGAGUAUGGCAAGAAGUCGAAGCUGGAGUUCGCGAUCUACCCAUCUCCUCGUGUGUCGACUGCGGUGGUGGAACCCUAUAACGCUGUCCUGUCUACUCAAAGUACUACUGAGAACUCCGACUGCACUUUCCUCAUUGACAAUGAGGCCGUCUACGAUAUCUGUAAGCGCAAGCUUGACGUCCCCCGCCCUGGUUAUGAUAACCUCAACCGUCUCAUCGCCCGGGUUGUUAGCUCUCUGACCACUAGCUUGCGUUUCAAUGGCGCCCUGAACGUUGACUUGAACGAAUUCCAGACUAAUCUCGUCCCGUUCCCACGUAUUCACUACCCCCUUGUCUCGUAUGCUCCGGUCAUCUCCAGCAGCUGCAGUGCUCAUGAGAGCUUCAAUAUCAAGGACCUCACUUUGCAGUGUUUCGAACCUCAAAAUCAGAUGGUCGUCUGCGAUCCUCGCAAUGGCAAGUAUAUGGCUGUGGCUCUUUUAUACCAGGGUGACGUGGUACCUCAUGAUUGCACGCAGACUGUUGCCCAUAUCAAGGCCAAGGCCUCUUUUAACCUGGUGGAGUGGUGUCCAACCGGUUUUAAACUCGGUAUUAAUAACCAGAAACCUAUAAGUGCACCCGGCAGCGAGCUUGCCUCUGUCGACCGUUCGGUUACUAUGCUGUCCAACUCGACCGCUGUCUCCGAGGCGUGGAGUCGCCUUGGCCAUAAAUUCGACCUCAUGUAUUCCAAGCGUGCUUUCGUUCAUUGGUACGUGGGUGAGGGUAUGGAGGAGGGCGAGUUCUCCGAGGCUCGCGAGAACCUGGCUGCUCUGGAGAAAGACUACGAGGAGAUCGCCGGCGAUACUGUCGGCUCGGACGGUUACUCGGAACUGGAGUUUUGA